GACACAGUAUUGCAAAAGAUAAUGUGUACGUGGAGAAGAGCAUAGAGUGAGAGAAAAGAGUGAAACAAAAAAAAAAAAAAAAAAAGGAGAUUGUGAUUUGAUCUCGCCGGGAUCCCUCAGAUCUGAGCUCACCGUCGCCGGAGUCCGAUUCACCGCACUUCAAUUCAAGCGUGGAUCGGAUUCUAAGGUUUGAUUUGAACUUGAAAGGUGGUAUAGCUUAACUGUUGGGUAAAACAAUUAACAAAUCUUGCUCUACACACAAGCAUGGGAAGCCAAGACAACAACGCAGCAUUGUCACCAAGUUCAUUUCAAGCUGAUAAAUCUGCUAAGGUUUUUGUUGCCGGUCACCGGGGUCUUGUUGGCUCGGCUAUUGUUCGCAAGCUGACUCAACUUGGGUUCACUAACCUAAUCUUACGCUCUCAUGCUGAGCUUGAUCUCACUCGCCAAUCUGAUGUUGAAGCCUUCUUCGCCUCUGAGAAACCAGAAUAUGUCAUUGUAGCUGCAGCCAAAGUUGGUGGCAUUCAUGCGAACAACACCUAUCCUGCUGAUUUCAUUGCCAUCAACCUCCAAAUCCAGACCAAUGUCAUCGAUUCUGCUUAUCGCCAUGGUGCUAAGAAGCUAUUGUUUUUGGGUUCCUCUUGCAUUUACCCCAAAUUUGCACCCCAACCGAUUCCAGAAAAUGCUUUACUCACAGGACCAUUAGAGCCCACAAAUGAAUGGUAUGCUAUUGCCAAGAUUGCUGGGAUCAAAAUGUGCCAGGCUUAUAGAAUUCAGUACAAGUGGGAUGCAAUUUCAGGAAUGCCCACUAACUUGUAUGGACCAUAUGACAAUUUUCAUCCUGAGAAUUCACACGUUUUACCUGCUUUGAUGAGAAGGUUUCAUGAGGCAAAGAUCAAAGGUGCCAAGGAGGUGGUGGUGUGGGGCACAGGGAGUCCAUUGAGGGAGUUUUUGCAUGUUGAUGAUUUGGCAGAUGCGGUUGUCUUCAUGAUGGAAAAGUACAGUGGACUUGAGCAUUUGAAUGUAGGGAGUGGAAAGGAAGUUACUAUUAAGGAAUUGGCUGAGUUGAUGAAGGAAGUGGUGGGAUUUGAGGGUGAUCUUGUUUGGGAUACUACUAAGCCUGAUGGGACUCCAAGAAAGCUUAUGGAUAGCUCCAAACUUGCCUGCUUGGGUUGGACACCAAAAAUCUCACUGAAGGAUGGGCUGCUUGAUACCUACAAAUGGUACUUGGAGAACGUAAAUCUAUGAUUCAGCUGGUUCAGCAGAAUGUGCCCUAUUAAAUUUUAUAGGUACUAGUCAUUUUACUAUGAAAUUUUUUUGUUUCAAAAAUAAUUAUCCAGAGAACAGUACGCGACCAAUUUUUCUAUAGCAAUUAUGUGGAAUGAAAACUUCAGUUCUUUGUUUAUUUUUUUUUUUCUAGAGAUCAUGAGAAUCCAGAGCCAUUGUUAAAAACUAUGAACAGAAGGUUGUAAUUUCGCUAUCACAUGACACAUGUUUCAAAUGUGUAUUUCCAUGAGCAGUUUUGUAAUUGUUUGGCUCUCUCUCCCUCUGUCCCUUGCACAUGCGUGCAUGCACCCGCGCCAAGUUGUUCAAUGUUGUUUAUCAAGCAACUGUUACAAUUUUUGCAUGAUAAUUAUUCAGCACAGAUGGUAGUGCCCCUUCAAGGCUUCUAAUGUUUGUCUAAAAUUCCUUUGGAUAAAUAUACUGCGGAUUAUAUCAGUUGAGUACCUUCUUGUGGAUUAGCAUGUUCAGUCAUGGAAUCUAAUUUGAUGCCUAUUCUCAUCAAAAAGUCAAAUUAUGGAAUCUUUUAUCUUCCUUUGGGUUCCCAGAUGAUUAUCUGUUGUUUCAAUAUCUUAAAGUAAACACAAACACUUGGCCACAACCGAGUGAUUGUAUUUCAUGCCUGUUAGUCUCAACUCUUCAUAAAAUGAUUAUUGGUAAUAGCUUUUGCUCAAUAUU